CUCUCUCUCUCUCUUUCGCUAUCUCUUUCUCUUUCUUUUUCUCCCUCUAAAGAGCCAUUUCUGAGGACCAUAAUAAAAGAAGCGAUUUUUAGCUCCAUUUUGCGGAGAGAUUGGGAUCAAUUUGCGAUCUGAGUGCUAAAAAGUUUGGAUUUGUGCCUCGGACUUCGUCGCGGAUCCUGCAAAACCCUUCAAUACCCACUUCGCUACAUGCGCAAAAGGUGUCAUCUUUAACCCCCCCUCCCACCCCCACCCUUUGUUCUCUAAUCUCCAUCUCAACCCCUUUCUCUGAUGCUUCUCCUCUCUAUUGGGUUUCAACAGAUUAGUUAGAUUUGUUUCCAUUUUUAGAUCUUACCAUACGCCCUGUUUCUCAUCUUUUCUAUAGCAGUUAGUAAAGCUCCAAGAUUGGAUUUUUUUUGUUAAAAAAAAAAAAAAUCUUUUUUGGGGUUCUUUAGAUGUGUGUGUUAUAAUGAUGGGUUUUGAUCUUUGGGUUCCAAGGUGAAAUGGGGUUGUUUUCGUUCUUUGCAUCCGCAAACAAGAACUAGGGUUUUCUCCUUUUGUGCUUCUCCAAAUUAACAAUCACUAGCUACUCCACAUACCUUCAUUGGACCCAACCAAACAAAAAAAGGCAAAAAAAAAGGAGAUCAAUUUCAUUAUAUAAUGGCUCUGAGAAACCUUGAAUUAGUCCUGAUCAUCUUUGAGACCCUGUCAUUAUACUUUUGCUUCUGCAAUGCAUUAUUCACACCCACAGACAACUACCUAAUCGACUGCGGCUCCUCGUCGAACGCCACCGUCGGCGGAAGAACCUUCCUCGCCGACGAUUCCCUCUCUUCGACCCUCACCACCCCUCAAACCAUCCUCGCUUCGGCCUCGGCAAACUCCGUCGCUUCCUUCGACGACGCAAUCCUCUACCGAACCGCCCGAAUCUUCACCGGACCGUCUUCCUACUCCUUCCCGAUCCAAAAGCACGGCCGCCACUUCAUCCGCCUCUACUUCUUCCCCUUUACCUACCAAAGCUACAGUCUUUCCGCUGCGAAGUUCACCGUCUCGACCCAAGACGCUGUCCUCCUCAGCGAUUUCCAGCCGCCGAGCAAUCCUGCGCCGGUGUUUAAGGAGUUCUCGGCUAACAUAACUCGCGAUAACCUCAUACUUUCCUUUGUGCCGUCGGGGAACUUGGCCUUUAUAAAUGCCCUGGAAGUUGUUUCGGUGCCGGAUAAUCUUAUCCUUAAUGUGGCUCAAACUAUUAGCCCCGUGGGUCAGUACUUGGGUUUGUCGAACCAGGCGUUGGAGACGGCUUAUCGAGUCAAUAUGGGCGGACCAAAAGUCACCCCGGACAACGAUACGCUCUCGAGAACUUGGGUCAAUGAUCGAAGCUUUUUGCUCGAUCAAAAUCUUACUAAAUCGGUUGUCUAUAGCGGAAAGAUCAAUUAUGUGAGCGGAGGAGCGACGCCGGAAACGGCGCCCCCUGUUGUCUAUCAGACAGCUACCGAAUUGGCCGCGUCGAAUACUACUGGUGCUGUUUUCAACAUGACGUGGCAAUUCGAUGUGGAAGGCAGUUCCAGCUACUUGGUUCGGUACCAUUUCUGCGAUAUAGUUAGCACGGCUCUAAAUGUGCUCUACUUCAAUGUGUAUCUCGAUAGCUGGUCUGCGGCGAACAAUCUUGAUCUGUCUACUCUCUUGAACAAUAACUUGGCCGCGCCUUAUUUCAUGGAUGUUGUUCUGACGGCCGGUAGUGCUGCUACCAAUAAGCUUCUCAUCGGUAUCGGCCCUUCGACCUUACCCAAUGUGUUGCCCGACGGUAUUCUGAACGGUCUUGAGAUUAUGAAGUUUGUCAACUCUUCAGGCUCCGCUGCUGUCGUCGAACCCGCCGCUUCGAGCAAGAACUUGGGUGUGAUAUUGGGUUCUGUUUUUGGCGCGCUCGCUGUAGUGAUCCUAGCAGCUGUUAUUUUCAUGAUGCUUAGAAGGCGGAAACUCGAAAAGCAACAGUCGAAGUCUUGGAUGCCGUUCUCUAUCAACGGGCUCACUUCGCUUAGCACGGGAAGCAGGACUUCCAACGGCACUACUCUCACGUCCGGCCAGAACGGCGAGCUCGGCUACCGGUUCUCUUUCGUCGUGCUACAAGAAGCUACAAAUAACUUUGAUGAAAAUUGGGUUAUCGGUGUCGGAGGUUUUGGCAAGGUUUACAAAGGAGUGCUGAGGGACGAUACCAAAGUGGCGGUGAAGCGCGGGAACCCCAAAUCUCAACAAGGCCUCAAUGAAUUCCGAACCGAGAUUGAACUACUUUCCCGACUUCGGCACCGCCAUCUGGUUUCUCUUAUCGGAUUCUGUGACGAGAGGAAUGAGAUGAUUUUAGUUUACGAGUACAUGGAGAAGGGAACGCUGAAAAGCCACCUCUACGGCUCGGAUCUCCCUCCUCUUACUUGGAAACAACGGCUGGAAAUUUGCAUUGGGUCGGCCCGCGGGCUUCACUACCUCCACACCGGAUCGGCGAAGGCGAUCAUCCACCGCGAUGUUAAGUCUGCGAACAUCUUGCUUGAUGAGAAUCUCAUGGCGAAGGUUGCUGACUUUGGUUUAUCGAAGACCGGGCCCGAGUUGGAUCAAACUCAUGUUAGCACCGCAGUGAAAGGCAGUUUCGGGUAUCUUGAUCCCGAGUAUUUUAGAAGGCAACAACUGACGGAAAAAUCCGACGUGUAUUCAUUCGGAGUGGUCUUGCUCGAAGUUCUGUGUGCGAGGCCGGUCAUCGACCCCACGCUGCCGAGAGAGAUGGUAAACUUGGCAGAGUGGGGAGUGAAGUGGCAGAAGCGGGGGGAGCUGCACCAGAUCGUCGAUCGGCGGAUCGAGGACACAAUUAAGCCCGACUCCCUCAGGAAGUUCGGUGAGACGGUCGAAAAGUGCCUAGCUGAUUACGGCGUGGAGCGGCCCUCGAUGGGAGACGUGCUGUGGAACUUGGAGUACGUGCUGCAGCUCCAAGAGGCGGAAUUUGAGGACUCCGAGGUGAAUAGCAUGAACCGGAUCGUGGAGCUCUCCUCGCAGGUCCAGAAUGUCGAAGCUAUGCAGGACAGCGUUAUAACGGUCAGACAAGAAGGUCCGCCGAACGAGAACGUGAACGAUCUUUCUGAUGUGUCGAUGAGUCGGGUUUUCUCGCAGCUCAUCAAAGCUGAGGGAAGGUAAGUUCAUCGCCGGCCCGUCGGUAGAAAUUUACCGCUUUUUCUAUGAUAGGUUUUUUGAAUGUUGUCCUAUUUGUUCAGAAUAUGAUGAUCAUUUAUUUGUUGUUCCUAUAUCCGAAAGGGUCUUAAUCUUGUUUUAGUAGCUAGAUUUCGUACAUCCCUUUUUUUUUUAAUUUAUUUUGAGCUUUACCUUCAUGAAUGUAUGUUUGUUUAUCUUGCAUAAUCAAACUAUGGGGAAUGUAACUAUACUAUCGAUAUGUAAUGCAUUGAGUUUGAGUGUUCUCCUUUUUUGCA